GUGCUGGGGAAUGAGUUUUGUAUUCAGGUGGAGGCUAGAUGUUUUGGGGAUAAAGAAUGGAUGUGGGUUACAAUGGUUUAUUUGAGCAACGAUAAAAGUGCAAAGAAAGAGCAGUGGCGGUUUCUAAAAGAUGCUCAACAAAACUGGGGAGAAGUGUGGGCUAUCGCCGGAGAUUGGAAUGACAUUUGUAGUAAUGAGGAAAAGAGAGGCGGCAGGCAAAGGUCGGCUAGUUCAUUCAAUGAAUUUAAUGCUUUUAUUGCCCAUAUGGGAAUGCAGGAGCUUCAUCAGUGCGGUUCGUUUUUCACCUGGGGGAAUAACAGAGAUGGGGAAGGCUAUAUCGAAGAAAGGUUGGACAAGAUUUUCGUAUCGCUAGGAUGGAUGCAACAACUUCCAGGGACCAGGGCAUCAAAUUUGAAUGGGGCUGAUACAAACAUCUCGGAUUUCAAUUGGGUGCCGGGCAUUAGGGUGGGCCAGCCAAGAAUCAGAAUCUCAGGUUUAGAAGUCAAUCUCAAGGUGAAAGACUUGUUGAGCAAUGGAGGUACAACCUGGGAUCAGACGCUCGUCAAAGCUUUGUUUGAGGAAGAAGAUGCGGCUAAGAUCAUGCUAAUCGACACUCUCAACCCGGCUCUGCCAGACCGCAUCUCUUGCAAAUUUGCUGUGAAAGGUAAUUUCUCGGUGAGUUCUCUUUAUUCUAAAAUGAUAGCUGGGAAAGUUGUG